AAAAACACCCCUCGUGGGCCACCACCACCGGCUCCUCCGCCCUCCCAUAAAUACUCCACUCUCCCAUUCCGUUCCCUCCCUUUCCCUCUCCGAUCACACUCCCCGCACCGUGUAGCUACUUUUCCGGCCAUGUUGUCCGCUUUUCCGGCGACAUUUGACCCUUUUUUCUCAAGCCCAUUCCCUGAUUUCCCAUGGGAUUCAGCCUUCGACGACCUCCAACCAGAUGAACCGGCGGCGUUUCUUUUGCCCACACUAGAACCGCCGCCUCUUCUCUUGCCGCCCAUACAAGAUCCGCCGCCCCUUCUCUUGCCCAAACCAGAACCGGUUUCACAAGAACCGGGUCUGUCCAAUUCCGAAUACUCCGAUGAGAAACCGAACCUUAUUAAAUCCGACGAGAACUCGAUCUCCGGUUCAGAUGAAGGGAACCGGAAAAGGGGCGCAAGCUCCCGGUCCGGUUCGGAGAUGGACGAGCGAAAGCGGAGGCGAAUGAUCUCGAACCGCGAGUCGGCACGCCGGUCGCGGAUGAGAAAACAAAAGCACCUGGAGAACCUGAAGAACCAAGUGAACCGGCAGAGAGAGAUGAACCGGGUUCUCUUGGACCGGCUCCGGACCGCCACGGUCCAGUUCCAGCAAGUCGAGGCGGAGAACAAACAGCUCGUGGCGGAGUCGUCCUUUCUCCGGCAAAGACUGUGGGACGUCCGGCAGGUUUUGAUGCUCCGGCAACUUCAACGGCCGCAGCUCUCUUCCUCAUCGUCAUCAUCUGCAUGGCCGUACAGUUACGACGUGGAACAACAAACAAUGUCAUCGUUAAUAACAUGAUGACCAUAUAAACAAAUCUAUAUAUAAAUAUGAAGAAAUGAAGUGAUUAAGUGGAU